AUGACAGAAGAAUCGCCCCGAUUGUAUGUCGGCAAUCUGCCGUACGUGGCCCAGAAGCACGACAUCGAGCGGCUGUUCGAGGACAACAACAUCAACAUAGAAUCGCCGACUUUGCUCUUUGCUGACCAUUCCCUUAGCAAGAAGAUCGAUAUGUCGAUCGAUCCGUUCACAGGCCGAAACCCCAGCUAUUGCUUCGUGGACUUUCAUGAUCAUGAAACAGCACAACAAGUGCUGAACACGAUGCAAGGACUCAACGUGCGAGGCCGACCAAUUCGAAUCAACCUCAAGACUGAACGCCGUCAAGGUGCUGGCCAGCGACCUGACACCAGGACCUACGAUCGAGGUUGGAAGCCGAAGGACUUGCCGUCCAGGGAUGCUGAUCCGGAUACUGCGUAUGCGUUUGACCGAUGGAACCGAGAUGAUGCACAAUCUCACUGGAUCGCGCCACUCGAGGAACGCAGGCGCUUGUGGAUCACUGGCCUACCUCGCAUUCCCAAUCAGGACUCAUUGAAUGUCGAGAUGAGAGAGCUCUUUGCGCAGUAUAAUGUUGAAGCAGUCAGCAAGCUGAUCUCGCCGCACCAUAGCGAACAAGGCGAGCAGGGAUCUCACUAUUCGUGCUUCGUUGACCUCGCAGACGGGAAUGAAGCAAAGAAUGCCAUCACCAUGUUCGAUGGUAUGGCAACACCAUACGGUAAGUCACUGCUUAUGAAAAGCGCAUUAUAA